GAAUUUUUGAGUGAAAAACUGAAAAGAAAAUUUAAAUGAUUUAGUCACAAAUAACCGCACGAGGAAAGAGUGAAAGAGAUAGAGAGACAGACACAUAAACACAAAAUGUUGAGUAAUAUGAAUCAACAAGCGAUGGAUACAUCCAUCCUGUAUUAUAAUAGUCAUACUACCAAAAAUACAACCACAUCUAGUAAUAUUAAUAACAAUAAUGAUAAUGCAAAAGAAUUUUCCAUUUACCGUCCCGAUGUGGACUUUUCAAUCAACUAUGAGCCAAUAGGGCCAAAUAAAAAUGAAUGUACGCGUCUAGUGAAUGAUGCCAAAGAUUCUGUAAGAGUUGAGGUUGUCCGCAAAGCUCCUGGUGAGAAUUCAUCAUCAACAGCAACAACGCUUUUACAGAAUGGUGAUGUUAAUGGACGCAGGGCUGUGAUGAUGUCAUUUGGAAACGAAUAUCCAACAAAUCUUCACAAUUAUUCGAAAGUGCCAGAAAUGAUGAUGAAUGAUAGCGAUAGAAAUAAUAAUAAAAAUAAUAAUGAUAAUACUAAUCAUAAUAGUAAUGAUAGUAGCAGUAGAGAUGUUGCAUCUAGUGACAUUGAGGAUGAAAAUGAGAAUGGUGAGAGUCGAAGCCGAGAUGAUAAUAAUAAUGCAAGCAAUAAAACUGAUGAUAGAAAACCUGAACAUCAUGUUCGUCGACCAAUGAAUGCCUUUUUAAUCUUUUGCAAGCGUCAUCGUGCACUUGUUCGUGAAAAAUACCCAAAUCUUGAAAAUCGUUCAAUUACAAAAAUCCUCGGUGACUGGUGGGCAUUUUUGCCUAAUGAAGACAAAUUACCGUACAAAGAUUUGGCAAAAAAUUAUAAGGACGUAUUUUUCUCAAAAAAUCCAAACUUCAAAUGGUACAAAUUACCUGCACCACCAUUACGUACAUUAUCAACAAGACCUAGCAAUGAUCGUGAUCAUAGUAAUGCAGUGACACCAUCAUCACCAAUACCAAAUGGGGAGGAAAUGAUUGAAAUUACACCAAAGGAUCGUUCAACCAGAAAUUUAAAAGUGUCACAAAGUAAUUCCGGAAUUGGUCAAUUUAAACUCGCAUCGAUUGAUCAAAUGGGCGGAUUAUCAAGUCUCAUGAUUGAAUCAUCAACGUCGCCACGUAUUAAUGGCACAAAUUAUGGAGAUACUCAAAUUAAGGACGAUAUUCAAGAUUCUCAGACUAAGAAGCGCAAAAGUGAUGAAAUUGUUGACAUGUACGAUGAUGAAUUAGCUGGUAAAUCACGGGCAUGUAAAGGUAAACGUUAUGAACAAUUUAUGACGCCUACGAAGAAAACAACAAAACAGAAAAGUACAAAUGCAUUGACAUCAAAAAGUGCAUCUGCUCACUUUCCGCAUAAUGGCUAUUGCAAACCACAAGAAGUAUCAAUACAUGUGAAACAUCCACAAUCGAAUGAGCUCAUUGACUCAUCUGACGAAAUGGUACAUUCACCUGAGAGUGAUGAAGCAUCUGAGGCACGUAAUGCUGAUGCAAAUGAUUUUAAUCUAAAUGAUAAAAUUAUGACAUUGCCAUCACUUGAUCUUGAAGACUAUUUAAAUAGGAAGAAGGCAAUGAAAAAGAAGAAAAAGUUUUCACACAAGGCAAAGCAUCGCCAGCAACAAAAUGCACAAGCUGUACCCAAAGAUAAAACCAUUCCAAAGCCAAUCACAGCUGUUGGAAGUCAAAAGAGGAAAGCUCCAAAGCAAACAAUUCGUCGUACUGCAGAUGUAACUGAACAAGAGAUUUCACGCGUAGGACUCAUUGGACUUGAUACAUUGGCCACAUUAGCAUUAGUUCAGGCAAAUGCCAGCAGUCCACAAUAAGUCUUAAUGAAUACUAUUAAAUUAUUAAUUAAUAAAUAUAUUAUACCAUAUACAAAGUAAUGAAAAACACUUACAAAAAGC